AUGAGUGCUCGUAUCUUUACUUUUGACCCAAAUCGCCAGAGAGAAGCAGCAUGUAUCCUGUCAGAUGCUCUUCGCGAUCUCGGUUAUCCCCAUGCUUACAUCGGCGGAUACGCUAUGCGACUCUUAGGCAGCACUCGGUUCACAGAGAUAAUUGGACACGAUAUCGACGUCCUCAUAAAACCAGGAAAGGAAGAAAUGAAGCAUAUUCGGCAGAAACUAAUUGAAGUUGACCCCCACUUCGCAAACAUAGGCGUGUUCAAGCUUUACUGCCAGAUACUCGACCCCGACGCGCCCGCACCCCAAUCUGAGGCUCGAGCCCAUGUCCUUAUAGAAACACUGGCCACCGGGAACCUUGGUCUCCCAACGGCUCCUGAACCCACGCUGCAAUUCUCGACACAAGAUCUCCCCAUCGAACUGCCCGUGCUUCACCCCUCCGUCUUGAUCCUGACCAAGCUCAAACGGUGGACGAAUAUCUUCGCAUCGAGCCGCCCCAAGUCACGCAAGAAAGCGGCAUCUGAUCUCGUGGACAUCACGUUCCUCGUCCAACACUGCGGGGAUAAGCCGAUAACCUCACAGAGGGAAUUGAGAUGUUAG